AAAUAUCCAAACGUGUGGCGCUCUUGCCCCAUUUCGCUGCAAAGGGUACCGUUACAUGUUAUUUAAUCGUGUCCACAAUGUCUUGGCCAAAAGUUGUAUUAUUUGGAGAUUCUAUAACACAGUUGUCUUUCGGUGAUGGAGGAUGGGGUGCAUCUCUAGCAGAUCAGCUACAAAGAAAGUGUGAUGUUGUGGUCAGGGGCUUCUCAGGUUAUAACACCACCUGGGGCCGCAUCAUUCUCCCAAGAUGCAUUCCAAGGGAUGACCUGACUCAUGUUGCUAUGGUGACCAUCUUCUUUGGAGCCAAUGAUGCCACCCUAGAAGUUACAGAGAGCUCCAAGUAUGUCAGUGUGGAUGACUUCAUUGGAAAUUUACAGGGUAUGGUGAAAUAUUUAGUGGAGGGAGGAGUCAGCCCACAGAACAUCAUCAUCAUUUCUCCACCGGCACUGGAUGACAAAACCUGGAGUGAAGGAUGCACGAAGAGUGGUGGCCCAGUCAACAGGAAGAAUUUCAACACAGGUCUCUAUGCCAAAGCCUGCUGUCAGGUGGCCAAGGAAUACUCCACGGGAAUCCUUGAUCUCUGGACACUCAUGCAAGAGGAGCAGAAUUGGCAACGUUUUUUAGUGGACGGUCUCCACCUCUCGGCUGAAGGGUCAAGAUUUCUGGCCGGGCAUCUGUUGGAAAUGGCAGCCAUCAGAACCAACCACCUACCAGACCAACUGCCCGACUGGAAGGACAUUGAUGUGGCUAAUCCCGAGAAGAGUCUGCUGGCUUGACGUGAAAGGCUUUGGAGUGGGAGGUGAAGAGUGUUCUGGAACUGUUCAACGUUGCUGGCAUGUACAUGUGUGUGCAUGCUGAGACAUUGCCAUGUCACUAACAUCUGCUUGUGCAACAGUUGAUAUGACAGAUGGAUCUAUAUUGGUAAUAGCUUUUCUAUGAGUCUCUGUACAGUAUUUAGAUUGUUCAGUAUGUUAUGUUGCUUUAAGGGGGAAUAUUUUUGCUGUUGUCUUUCCUUUGAGUCUUAAAAGAUUGCUCCCCUAAUGUGCACCUUCAGUGGUCCUAGAACUGGGCCCUCAUGCAAAUCGGUUUCAACACUCGGACAUCAAACAAUAAAAACACACUUACAUGUACACACCUGCAGCCAUGACUCAAGGCCGACAUCCUAGAGUCUUCCACCGCCUUGCCUACAACACAGUGUAAAGGCACCUUCAUAGUCAAAUAUCAUCAUUUAAGACCAUCAUUUAACCCCUUUCCUCUAACCCUCCCAAACCGUAUCAUAAUGCUUUUCCAACUGUAAAAGAACGAGAGAAGGGGCUACUAUAGUUCAUGAAUGAUGAGGUCGGCACUUUAUACGUGUAGACUGCAUUUCCAGCAAGGUUUGAGGAGUUGUGCACCAGUGAGAACUGAAAGGUCCUGACGUAAGAAGUCAAAAGACCUGAAAGGGUCGUGUCGGUCGGUGUUUCAAUGAAUGCAUGAUAGGGUGACAUUGUACAUCUAAAGUGCCCGCUGCCUGGAAACUUAACUGUAUCCUCCUUUGGUAUUCGUGUGAGGAUCAAUCACAGAUCCUUCAGUCUGCAGGUAAUUAAUGACGGAUUCCUCGUAAUCGGUGCUAAACUUGUGAGGGGCUUGAGAAUCUCCCAGUGGAUUAAAGGGUUUCGAUAGGUUUGGGUCAAGAAGAUGAAGUUGUUCUAUUGGUGAGACACCUGAGGUGCAGGGUUCCCACUCUCCUGGAAAUCCUGGGAAAAAGUUAUCCUAGAAAGACAUGGAAAAUAAUAUGAUGUCAUGGAAUCCUAUUGUAAGAGGAAAAAAGUGAGGGAAGUGUCAUGAAAAUCAAGAUCAUACAAGGGUUAUUUUUGAUAGGCGGCUGUUGAAUUGAAAAUGGAAUAAUGAUGAACUCACAGGCAGCCCUUGUCAGUGUAGUAGUGUCUAUGACAGUCUUCCAAUUCAUAAUAUCAAAUUUUCUCUGCAAAAUGGGGUUGAGUGUCAUUGAAAUGGUCAUAUUUUAGCCCUGGAAAGUCCUGAAAAAGUUACGGAAAUUGGUUUUUACGUUCCUGUGGGAACUCUGACGUCUCGGGCCAAAACUUUCAAGUGGGUUGCACUGACAGUGUGCAAAGAUAGAAUUCACAUUGGCGAGCGGAACACACGAAGUGGAGGCCCGUCUAUUACAUCACAGAUUGUGUGCUUUGGUCAAAAUAUUUUUUACUGUUUUUCAAGAUUUUCGGGGUUAAAAUAUAAAGCCCCAACUUGUUUUUACCUCUGUGUAGAUGGUUAUAUUAACCGAGUUCAAACCUUUUUUCUCAAAAUUAAAAAUUUGGAAAUGCUCAGUGUUUAAAAAUAUCCACAAGAGGGUCUUAAGGGAUUGUUCAAAAAAUUGUUUACAAAUUUGGAGUGCAGAGGUGGCAACUCAAUUACCAAUAAAUAAGUGUAAGGAUGAUGGC